UUUUACAGAAAAAAAAUUUAAAAAAAAGACUGAUUUUGUCCAACCAGUCAAUCCAUUUUAAGUACCUAUAAUGUAACUAACCUAACACAAACUGUUAAUGCCGAUUGACACUAGUAACCUAACCUAUCCAAUUGUUCAAACAGUUAACUAAUUGAUUAAUCGCAAUGCCUCCUUACAGAAUCAAAAAAUUUUUUUACGUAGAGCUAUGCAUUAGUUAUUUCAGAAACUUUUGACAAGAUUUGAUUAAUUUUUAGGUAGCGUACCGCUUUUUAUAUAUAUUUCUCACUAUUUGCGUUAUUUUUAAGAACGCUAUGUUAAAUUCUGUGUCAGAGUUUUGUAUAAGUUUAUUUGCAAUGUGAGAACACUGGAAUUUGCUAGUUUCUGAGAUUAGACGAGGACACAUCACUGGCAAGUACUGAAAGACUCGCCCACAAUUUUUUUCUACAGUAGUGUUGCACAUGAAAUAAGGUAUUAAUAUAUUUAACUUAGCAGACCUGACCAUAUUAACCUAAACCUCAAUGUGCGAAUCAUAGCCCAGAGUACCUAACCUAGCCUGAAAUGGCCAAACCAAUUACAACCACAUUUGAAUUUAUGAAUAAUGUUGACGAUUGCUAAACUAAUGCUGUAAUGUUCUAUGGGUCCUUACCAACAUUUCACACAUAUCUUGUCUUUUUUUUUUACCUGACCUUGAACCCAACAUCCAACCUGACAAGUUGGGCGUUUUCCACACAUUGUCGAACUUAUGACAGGGUGUCCAGCGACCUGGAAAACCUGGAAAACCGGGAAUUGUCAGGGAAUUUCGUGUGUCAGGGAAAAGUCAGGGAAAUGUCAGGGAUUUUUUAAAAAUCGUCUGGAAAUUUUGGCCGUGUUUGUUCUUCACGCAGCAGCACGAUACAAUAUGCAUAUCGAUUGUUCAAUUCGCCGCGUACACAAUGAUCGACGUAUCGAUUAUAAUCGGCACAUGGCUGUACACAUUGCGGCCUGUUAGGCUGGCCAAAAUGGCGCGCAUUUGUGUACUCUUGUUGAUUUUGGUUAUCGUUUUUGUUGAUGGAUAAGUGAAUUAUUAUAUCAUCAGCCAAACAAAGGUCACAACAUGGCUUCAAAACUCAGAAAAACUACAUUCAGGGAUGAAUGGAACCAGAACCCAUCCCUCUCAUGGGCUCAGGCUAUUGAUGGCAGCCCAUUUGCAGCUUGGUGCAAACUUUGCAAUCACAGGAUUGAACUGAGUAAUAUGGGGAAGCAGGCUCUUACCAGUCAUGCAUCUGGAGUGAAACACAGCAGAAGAGUGCAAGGAUUUCACAUGAGUUCAUCCAUAGCAGUGUACUGUAAAACAACUAGGCCUACAUCAGCAGCGUCACAAAAUAAUUCUGCUUCAGAGUCUUCUUCACCUUUGUCUGAAUCUUCAAAAUUGUUUAGUUCUGAUGUACCCAGCUCACCUCAAGUAUCUUCCCCUCCGUUGUUCCAAACAGAUCCAGUCAGCAGUUCUAAAUCUCUGCCUGAUACUUCCUCGAAUGCUGAUAAUUCUUAUCUAAACCCAUCCGCAACAUGUUCUUGCACGUGCACAUGUGGCAGUGCUAGAAAGGAAUCAAAAUCAUUGACAAAUUACUUAUUAAAUGAUUCUGUAACACGUGCCGAAAUACUUUGGUGUUUGUAUUGUGGUAUGGCUCAUAAUUCCUUAAGGAAUGCAGAAAAUAGUGUAGCAAUGCAUCGUAAGAUGUAUCACGACAGCAAAAUUGCAGCUAAAUUGCAGUUGGGAAAAUCGAAAGUAUCCUAUACAAUAGUUCACGGAUUGGCUCCAGAAUUUCAAAAGGAACUGCAUGCUGAUAUAUCAAAAUCUUCUCAUCUUGUAGUUGGCUUUGAUGAAAGUUUAAAUAAAAUUGCCCAGAAACAGCAAAUGGACAUUUCUGUCCGUUACUGGAAUGAAGAUGAUUCAAUUACUUGCACUCGAUAUCUUACAUCAGCAUUUCUCGGCCAUUCGACUGCAGCAGACCUGUUAAGUGCUUUUAAAAACUCUUUGCCUGUGAAUACAUUACACAAAAUUAUACAGGUGUCGAUGGAUGGCCUCAAUGUAAAUUUGCGGUUUUUAAAAGACUUGAAGCAAGAUUUGAAGGAAGGUCGUACUGAUGAGGGGGUAAUAUUGGAUAUCGGCACUUGUGGCUUACAUUCAUUACACUGUGCCUUCAAAGGCGCAAUGAAGGAAACUGGUUGGGAAAUUGUUAAAUUCUUGCGUGCUAUUUACAACCUGUUUCAUAACAUCCCCACUCGUCGUGCAGACUACAUUAGAAUAUUUGGUUCCAGCUUGUUUCCUCUAAAAUUUUGUCCAGUUCGUUGGUUAGACAACGUUCCUGUAGCAGACAGAGCAUUGAAAUUUUACCAAAUCUUCGGAACUAUGUUGCUGGUCUAA